AUGGCAGCAACCAAAAAGCGCCCUAAGAUCAUUGCUCUUACAUGUGAACUCAAAGAUAUACCUAUGUGUAAGGAAUAUAAGCGCAUGGUCUCUGGCAUGAUGUACAAUCCUAACACCCCUAAACUACUCAAGGCGCGGCAUCAGUGUUAUGGGCUAGCAGCUGACUACAAUAGUCUGGACAUGAAAAUAGUGCCCUAUAAUUAGAUUACUAAGAAGAGGCUUGAGCUGCUCCGGCGCGUGGUCAGUAGGGUGGGUGAUGGAAUGUUUAUUAAGCUGCUGUUCAUGCUAGACUAUGAAUGUAAUAUUAGUAUUAGCAGAGAUUAUUUAUUAAUUAGAAGUAUUCUUACUGUGCUGGACACCAGCCUUAUUAUCAUUAGUGACUGGGUCCAGAUAGGAAUGAACAUCAGCAUUAUUACCACCAGCCAUGACACAAGUAUCCUGUCACAGUGGAAGUUUGCGGAAUUUGGCCGUCCUAUCUUCAUUAAGGAUGACUGCUAGAUUGGCGUGAAUGUCGUUUUCCUGCCCGGUAUUAGAAUUAGACUAGGUAUUCAGAAGUAUCAACCACUAAACAAUGCAAACACAGCACCCAUAGAUAAAACAUAAUGGAAAUGAGCAACAACAUAAUAAGUAUCAUGGAAAGCAACAUCAAGUGAUGCAU